AAUACGACAACACGUGUUUUGCAGUGCUGCCAGCGAUAUAGGGAUUACAAGCACAUACAGAAGUGAUAAAGAUGGUCAUCCAACGAAUUGUAAAAGCAAAGACUCAGAGAGGAAAACGUGCUUUGGAAAAGAAGGAGGGGAAGAUAUUUGAAGAUGUUAAGACAACCAUGUUCAUCAAGGGAGGUAAUACCAGCAUGACUGUCACACAAGUGUUAAAGGAACUGCAUAUGCUGAAGAAACCCCAUGCUGUUUCUUUCAAAAGGAAGAAUGUCACACGUCCGUUUGAAGACCAAACAUCUUUGGAGUUCUUCUCAGACAAGAGUGACAACUCACUGUUUUUGUUUGGCUCUCACUCCAAGAAGAGGCCGGACAACUUGGUGAUGGGCCGGAUGUACGACCACCACGUUCUGGACAUGGUGGAGCUGGGAGUGGACAAGUUCAAGUCCAUGUUCGAGUUUAAUAGUGCCAAGAGCUCGCUUGGGUGCAAGCCGUGUUUGCUGUUUGCGGGGGAGCUGUUUGACAAUGAUGACGAGUACAGGAGGAUGAAGAACCUGAUGAUAGAUUUUUUCCGUGGUCCUGUUGUGAAGAACGUGCGUCUGGCUGGACUGGAACACAUCAUUAGUGUCACAUCGGCAGACGAGAAGAUCUACAUCAGGAACUAUAAAGUGUUGCUGAAGAAGUCUGGGAGUCGAACCCCCCGCGUGGAGCUGGAGGAGAUGGGUCCAUCACUCAACCUCAGCCUCCGACGCAGUCACCUGGCAUCUCCAGACCUCUACAAGAGGGCACUCAGAGUACCCAGAACAGCCAAGCCCAAGAAAAAGAAGAAUAUAUCACACGAUGCGUUCGGUUCCAAGCUUGGUCGUGUCCACAUGCAGAAGCAGGACAUAAAUAAACUGCAGACUCGCAAGAUGAAGGGCUUGAAGAAGCGCAAGAAGGAAUCAGUUGGAGGUCAGGAUGAACAAGGGUCAAGGUCAAAGAAAUCCAAGCAAGCAAGAACAGAAAAUGACCCUGAAUGAUGACAUUGAAGAUGAUGAUGAUGAUGAUGAUGAUGAUGAUGAUGUGACAAUGAUAUGUGUUGUGGAAAAUCUUAUUUCUGUUUUCCCUUGUUGACUAUGACUGUGUUAACUUAUGAACUAGUUAUCAUGUGUGUGUCUGUAAUCGCAUGCAUUGCUUGUUCAGUUAUAAUGGAUUCAAACAUUAUAAACAAAUAAACAACAUGUUGUUGAACAUGAUAAAAUAAUUUAAUGACUAUACAAAACAGACAAAAAUAAACAUCAUCUUAUUUCUGUGGCAAUUCACAACAGCUCAUACUCAUGCAAUUGUAGGAUUAACUGGACAUUAAUUUAUGUCCUAUUUUGUUAAGAAUUUACUUAGUUACAAAAUAUGGAAAUAAUAUUGUUCAAUUUUGUUCCCAUGAGUUACACAUGUUGCUGUAUUUUAUUGUGAAAAUGUAAAUAUUGUAUAUAUGUGUAAAUAAAGAAAAUUGCAAAUUUAUGCGUUAGGAUAAUUAUUUUCAGAGCACUGUCAGUCUAGACACUGUAUGGCCAAAUAUUGCCAAUGCAACUUUGAAUUUUAUCUCACUCACACUCAUACUGUGAAGGCUUCACAACCCAAUUAUCAGGAGAAGCUGUAUGUGGAAUAUUAAAGAUAUUGCACUUGUCCAUUA